ACCUGGUGGUCGGAUGUGGUAACAGCGUUCGUUCUGUUUGCAUUAACGGUUGAAGAUGGCGACCGGAGUCCUUCACAGAGUCGGCGGUGGCCUGGGUCGGGCUAGAAGCAGGGCCCAGUCCGCCGGACAGCUCGUCGUUUGGAGCAGGGAGUUGGCAACAUCUAGCAGCAGAAACAGACAGGACAGCUGGUUUAAGUCACUGUUUGUGAGGAAAGUUGAUCCAAGGAAAGACGCACACUCCAACCUACUGACCAAAAAUGAGGAAAGCAACCUGUACAAAAUUCAGUUCCAUAAUGUCAAGCCAGAGUGCCUGGAUGCAUACAACAAGCUCUGUGAGGAUGUUUUGCCCUCCAUCCAUGCUGAUAAGUACUACCCCUGUGAGCUGGUGGGCACCUGGAAUACCUGGUAUGGAGAACAAGACCAGGCUGUUCAUCUGUGGCGGUAUAGAGGAGGAUACCCAGCUCUAACAGAGGUGAUGAACAAGCUCAAGCAGAACCAGGACUUCACAGCGUACAGGAAGGAGCGGGGUAAGAUGCUGAUGUCUCGCAGAAACCAGCUCCUGCUGGAGUUCAGCUUCUGGAAUGAGCCCGUGCCCCGAGAGGGCCCCAACAUCUAUGAGCUCAGGUCCUACCAGCUCAGGCCAGGAACCAUGAUCGAGUGGGGUAAUUACUGGGCCAGGGCCAUUGGAUACCGCCAGCACAACAGAGAAGCUGUGGGAGGGUUUUUCUCACAGAUCGGCAACCUCUAUAUGGUGCAUCACCUCUGGGCUUACAAAGACCUUCAGUCCAGAGAAGACACGAGAAAUGGCGCCUGGCAGCAGGAGGGCUGGGAUGAGGUGGUGUAUUACACAGUUCCUCUGAUUCAGCAUAUGGAUUCCAGGAUUAUGAUCCCAACAAAGGCUUCCCCGCUGCAGUGAAAUGAGAAGAGAGCUGGCAGCUGAAGUGGUACCCUUUUCAUUUAAAUGUUACAUCUAUCCAGAGCAUCACUAUCAUGCCAAACAACACCCCUUCUCUGUUCUUGUUUUGUUACUUAAAGAUGUCACUAGGACAGAGGAGGCAACAAUGCCUACCAUGUAUCUGCAAUAAUUAAAAUAGUUCAAGGCACUCACAGCCCCUUACAAUAUCCAACUUCUUUUUUUUGGAGGGAGGGGGGGGUCUGGAGCAGGAUGAGUAAAAAUGGCCAAUUGAAACCUCCUGAUGGUCGUUAUUUGACAUGUGGUGCCACAUUAAAACUCGUUUAUGAAGAGGGCUCUUCGCUAAGUUUAGAACCAGCCAAAGUUACUUGAAAAGACAUAGCUGUAUGCGGUUCAAGUGUGCGGAAAAACCGUGCUGCUGAAGCUCACUGCGCAAUGCAGAAGCUAUUUAUUUAUUUAAUGUAAAUUUGGAACAUGUUUCAAGUGUGCAGAGAAGUGGCACUUUGAUGUAAGCCAUGCUAUUGUUGAGUGAAGUGAGAGGAAGCCUCUGUAUUCAUGAAAACGAUGAAGUAUGAUGCAAAAUAUAAACCUUUUUUUAAAUUUAGGUUUAUUAUAAAGCAAAUUUUUGCAAACUACUCCUUUCAGUUGCUUUUAUCUGGAUGUUUCUAGGGUCCAUGUCAUGGUGAUGUUGAUGUUUCAUGGUGCUGUGUUUGUGACUAUGGCUUGUACUUUUAUUCCUGUAAAGACAACAUGCCUGGUUUUAAAAACUGUUUUUAUCCAACAAGUUUUAAAGGGGCAUAAAUAUCUACGAAUGAAUAAAUCUUAUCAGUGGCUGA